CAGCAUAUCCGACGUGGCAGAUUUCAUCUCUGCUCAGCCCCGGCAGGGCAGCAGCACAACAUUCUGAUCGCUGCCACCACGCCACGCGACGGGAGUUCGCCAAUUUCCGGCGCGCGGGAAAACUUCCCGCUCUCGCGGCUCGGCUCGCCGGCCUCUAUAAGGUACCCAUCACCACGGGCCUCCGCUUGUUCCACUUCGCAUUUUCCCCAAUUCGCCUCACACCAAAUGGGCCGCAAGAGAAAGGCUAGGGUUUCCGACGACUGCGACGGCGCCGACAUGAACGGGGAAGAGGCGGCCGCCGGCCCCGCUGACGCGCAGAGCAAGAGCCUCUACGAGAUCUUAGGGGUUGAGAGGACAGCUUCACAACAGGAGAUAAAAAAGGCAUAUCACAAGUUGGCCUUGCGCCUUCACCCAGAUAAGAAUCCUGGAGAUGAGGAAGCCAACGAAAAAUUUCAGCAGCUGCAGAAGGUGAUAUCUAUUCUUGGAGACGAGGAGAAAAGGGCAUUGUAUGAUGAGACUGGCAUCACUGAUGAUGAUGCACUGGUUGGAGAAGCUGCAGACAAUCUUCAAGAGUUCUUCAGAACACUGUAUAAAAAAUUUACUGAGGCUGACAUUGAAGAUUUUGAAGCUAAGUACAGAGGGUCAGAUUCUGAGAAAAAGGAUUUGAAGGACCUCUAUACAAAAUUUAAGGGCAAGAUGAACAGGCUUUUCUGUUCAAUGAUUUGCUCAGAUGCCAAGCUUGAUUCCCACCGCUUUAAGGACAUAAUUGAUCAGGCAAUUGCUGGAGGUGAGCUGAAGUCCACCAAAUCAUAUGAGAAAUGGGCUAAAAAGAUAUCUGAGAUAGAGCCACCCACAAAUCCACUAAAACGGAGAGUGAAGAAAAAGAAAAGCGAGGAGAGCGAUCUCAUACUGGCGAUCUCACAGCGCAGGGCGGAAAGGAAGGAUCGGUUCGACUCUGUUCUCUCAUCCAUAAUGUCCAAAUGCGACUCCAAGGCGAGCAGCAGCUCAGAGCCCACUGAGGAAGAGUUUGAGCGUGCGCGGCAGAGGCUGGAGAAGAAGCGUGCCAAAGGGCGCAAAUGAUGCAGAUGUGCCGAAGGUUAUGGUUGGGCUGAUGACCCUGUUUUGAGGAAAACAAGCAGUGGAGUGGAGCGAGGCGCAGUACUACAAACUCGUACUAGCAAGUAGAUGUUCUCUGAAUCUCUGAUGUGAUCCCCAUGAAUGGAAUCCUCGUCAUACCGGUAGGAUGGUAUGGCUUGAUACUUGCUUUGUGAUUCAUGUCGUAAUGGAAGAUGAUGAUGGGUCGGUCUAUUGAGACGCGUCUCUUUUCUUUACGAAUC